UUCAGGCUGCAGUCCCUGAAGUUUACAACAGCUUGCGCGUAGGCAUAGCUUCCAUAUCGCACCUCUUUUACGGUACAUCCCCACUUCUUGUCUCCCGGCAAUGUCGACGGCACUUGCCGGCUUCUAGCAGUAGAAUCGAGUAUAUUGAAAUUCAUUCCCUUCCGAAGAGUGACACGUUACGUUCUAAAAAUUACGUCCAAAAAUUUUUAUAACGAUAUAAACAAUUUUUCCGCGUCACGCCAGGCGUGUUUCAAAAGUGUAUAAAUAUUACAUGUGAAAUGAAACCGUUUGUAAACUAGGCGAAUAAUAUUUUACCUACCGUUCACGUACAAUAUUGUAACAAUGUGCAUGCUUACUGAACAGUCUGUGAAGUGAUAUACGGUGCUUUGAAUGACAAAAAGUUCAUACUUGAAAUAAUUUUGUUGCAAUUGAAAUGUUUGCGGAUGUGUAAUAAUAACCAUGUGCAAUAAUUUUGUCGAAAUAAACUUAAUUUAAAAAAAAAAAAAAAAUUAUUAACGAUACCUUGAAGUGUGCAUCGAUACAGUACUACCAUGUCUUAUCGUCGGUCCCACAAUAUUUGAAUCAUUGCUUCAAUGAAAGAGCUGUUACUUUCUGCGCACAAUCACUCUGAUUUUACGUUCGAUUAAUCAUUAUCACGAUACUCUAAAUAUAAAUUGGCGAAUAAUGUUCGCGAGUUAAUAGUGUGAUAACGUAUACAAAACGUACCUGCUUUGUACAUACCAGUAAUAAUUUACGUAUCGUAUCAUAACUUUCACGUGGUAGUGAAGUUUACCUUUUCGAACUUGGUGGGGUUCGUAUUAUGAGGGGAAUGACGGAUCACUGCAUUUUGGAUAUAAUGGACUUCGACGACAAUAACUGGUCGUUGGAUGGGGAAUGUCUAAUGGCGCCAGACGAUGAUUUCCUGCAAGCACUGAGCUCGGAAUUGGAGAUACCUUCACUUUUAGGCGGUGAAGGAUCUCCGAGUCAUGAUGAAACUCCCGAUGAAAUAAUGAAGGACGCAGUGUUGCAGGAUAACUUGCCUAUUCUUGACGAACUCGGAGUUGACCCCAUGCAAUGGGGUCCAGAUGCCUUUCCUAAUCUUUCUGCUGCUGGUUUGGAUAUAAAGAAUGAAGUCAAAGAUGAAAUUAAAACUGAGCCGGGAAGUCCACAUUCUCAACUGCCGCCGUCGCCUAGUCCAAGCAAUUCAGACUCGAGUGGGUCCGAAUGGCAAAAUGAUAAUUCUACUAAUUCAUCUACAGACUUUAAAUGUACUUUAGAAACGCCGCCAAUAUCACCACCACAAAACGAUUCACCUCCAACAUCUCCGAAGCCAGGUUUGAACCCCUCUCUUUUACAGCCAAUUAAAUUGGUUUCCAUAAACAGUCCCAAUCCUGCAAAUUUCGUAUUAUCCAAAGGAAAUUCUGCAAAGAGAGUUUGCAUUCAGCCAAAGCUGAAUACGACAUUGAAUGUCGGAGAAGAUGCGCCUAGGAAAACAAUAGUUCUUAGUGCUCAGGAUUUCGCUGCUCUUACGCAGAAGGUAAAGCAAAACAAUACUGGCCAGCCAUUAAAAAUCCAAUCUGUAGCACCACUGAAGCUACCGCCAAAUGCACAGAUAAAAAUUCAGAAUCCUAGAAAUGUUCAAUCCACACCACAAAUAAAAACGGAAUCAAAUACAAUUAAAAUCACAUCAUCGAGUCAAGUUAAAAUCCUAAAUUCAAUUCCAAAUGUCCAAAUUCAAAAUACCGAGCCGCUUGUUUCCAUGCCUAAUGGUUGCACACAGAUAAUGAUAAAAAAUGAACCAGAGCUGAUGAAUCUGAGUGGCAAACAAGAAUGUGAAAUAAAAGCAUUAAAAAGGCAACAAAGAAUGAUAAAAAAUCGAGAAUCUGCUUGUUUGUCACGGAAAAAGAAGAAAGAAUAUGUGACUUCAUUGGAAAAACAAAUUGCAGAUUUGCAAGAUGAAAAUGCACAGUUGAAAAUGGAAAAUAUUGCAUUGAGAGAAAGAUUGUGUGCCACUGAGGAAAUGACUGGAAGAAGUAAAAAAUUAGGAAGCCUAAAUCUUGGAGCCAACAGAAAAAAUACAGCAAUCUUACUUGCCAUGGUUUUCAUGGUUUCUUUGAAUGUUGGAAGCUUAGGGGGAUUAUUUUCACAAAACAAACGACUAGAUUCAAUGUCGGAUCACUUACCCGUCUCCGUGCCUAAUGUUAGACAUGGCAGAUCACUGCUUUGGACAGACAUAGAUAAGCAGGACAGUGGAGAACAUAAGGAACAGUUUAAUCAAACAACAUCUAUCCAUCACCCAAUGUGUCCUAUGUAUAUUAAUCAAACAGAAUCUAUCAGACUGGAUAGUGAACUGAGACGUUGGAUUGGAGGAGACCCGGAUAAGGAUAACUGGACCAAAUCAUCCGAAACAGAUUUAGGAACUAAUUCUUUGGGAGAAUUACUUUUGUCAAAACCGUCACUUGUAAGACAACGGUUGAACAGCAAACCGAAAUUACCCCCUCAGAAAAAGAUGGAGCCAAAACCAAAGACCGACAAUAUUGCCACAUCGAAUAGCAAUGCUGUUGAAGUGUUUUCACCGACUCUUACAGAACAUGCUUCGUUGUUUGAUGCUUUGAGAAGACGCGACGACACUUUUUAUGUCGUCUGGUUUAGCGGUGAACAUUUACUCUUACCUGCGUCAAGACAAAACAAAACAGCAAGGCCUAGAAUGUCCCUUGUUCUACCUGCUGUACCUGUCAACGGUACAUUUUCCACUCCUGCUAAUCACGUGACCAUGAUGCAAAUAGAUUGCGAGGUAAUGAAUACACAGUUGCUACACUUGAAGGAGUCUGUUAUUCCCGAGCAUCUGCGUCGCAACCAGCAAUCUACAGAUCAUACCUCUAAAAAUGAUAAUGAUCAUGUGCCGACAGCUGCAAAUGUUACGAAAACUUACAAACCCUAUUUUGUUAAAGAAAAUAUUACGGCGACCGAUUUUAAUGAUAAAAAUUAUAAAAAUCCUUACAUGAUGAAAGCUGAGGAUGCUUAUCAUCCUAAAGAACCAUCAUACUUACUUCGAAGCAAGUUUAUACCAAAUUUUGGCCUAGAAAACUCAAAAGAUAAUUCUUAUGAUGUGAAAUCUCAAGAUGACGUAAAAUCAGAAAUUUUCACUCCUGGUAUUGAUAGUUCGAAGACGCCGUAUUCUCAAACAGGCAGAAAAUUGAGACGGAGACGAAAUCUACUAAAUUCUUGAAUUAUUUUUAAAUUAUAAUGCUUUGUAAAUAGUUAUUAUUUUUUUUGUUAACUCUUGGUGCAUUAAUCACCAAAGCACAAUUGAAUCCUGCGUGUAAUAAGUUUGACAAAUUUGUGUAACAAUUAAUAUAUAGAAAAGUUUUAUGUGAGAUGAAAAAAUUGUUUAACAAUUUUCUUCACUCAAGGUACAAUUGUAUGUACCUUUGUGAAUUACUAUUGCACUAGUUAUUAUUACGGUAACACUUGUUGUACAAUUACUGGAAAACUACAUCUAUGUUUACUUAGCAUUAAGUAAGAAAUUGAUACUAUAGUACAUGAUAUUUGAUAUUCAGUAUUUCCUAAUCAAUGUGUCAGCAUGUAUAACUGAUUGAUAGGGUCAUCAGUUCCGAUCUGAUGAUCGACGAGACAAACUUAUUAACUAAGUAUACCGAAUUUAAUUUAGUACUUCGAUUCGUCUUAAAAAUGCAUUUUCUAUCACGAAUUCAUAGCAGUUACUUCAAUUGCAAGGUAAUCAAGUUUUUUACCCUACGUACAAUAUCCAGUAGAUAAUAUUGUUGUUUUGGAUUUAACAUAUUUGAGACUUAGUAAAGGUUAAAAGUUAUCGAAUUACUUAAGCCACAUGAAAAAUACAUUUGUAAAUAAUGGAAAGUAGUGAGAAUAAACUACGCAAGAAUGUAUACAUAGUCUAAGUGACACAUCUACAAUUAUACAUAAUAUGUAUACUAAUCAAUUUUACAGAAUGUAAUAUAUUAAAGGGAUUAUUUCUCGUAUCUAUCGACAUCUUUAUAGUAUCACUUUCACAGAAAAUAAGAUUUAAAUUUUCAUGGUAGUAGUCGAUUUCAAUGGUAUAUGUUACGUACAUAGUUCAGUAUCAACUGCAAUAUUUCUAAUGAUUAAAUUUGUGCUAAAGAAAAAUCGCUGAAGUGCGGAAAAAAAUUUGGUAAUAUUAUCACUUGCCUACUUACAGCAAUUUGGAUAUAUUAUUUACUUCCAAAGUCUUUUGGGUUGUUUAUACUCAUGCACUUUUCGUACGUAAUCAACUACGCGUUCCAUGCAAUACGGAAAUAUCGACGUAGCAUGUGAUUAUUAUAAAUGUGAAUAUAUGUUUCUCCAGUAGCCCAGCCGUAACAGAUUGUUUUUCUCUUGGAAUUUGAGAAACAUUUCAUGAAUACAUUAUCUGCAAAGUGCCAACGUGCACUUUAAAUGUACACUUCUUUAACACUUGGUAGUCUAUAAGAAUGCCUGGUCUAACAGCAUUACGUUUGAAUUGAAUAUCUUUUUCGCAUGACACGUGAUGUAUGAAAUUAAAUCUUCCUCGUACAAAAUGAUACAAAGAAAAUGUCUACAACAAGGACAGUGCGUGUUCAAUCCACAGCGUAACUUCUGUGAUAUAGUAGUUUAAUAGUAACAAUAUGAGCUAACUUUUGAAUUUACAUACUAAUAAUUAGUGUCACCAAAAAUACCUCUAUCGAUAGCAUCAGUUUGAUUAUUAUACAAAUACGUAGAUUAGGUAAAAUUUUAUUUACAAAUACAAACCAAAUACUAUUGUGCGAAAUACCGCAUAAAUGCAAGUAUAUAUACGCCAAGCCCAGCUUUCACUAUUAUACUGAAUUAAUGUGAUCGGAUCAACAAUGUAAAAUACAACUCGGUAUCAUACAAAUUACAAAAACAUCCUGUGACUUAGUUAUCACAGAGAAUGUCAUGAAAAUAUAUACAUAUAACUUAUCACCUUUAUAACAAUAGAAGUUUUCAUUAUUUCAUCAGCAUUUUAAUCAAGUCCUUUAAAUAUUUAAUUCGAUGCACAGUGUAAAUAUGUAUGAACAUGCAGAUUCUUGU